AUUUCUCUAAAAUAUAAAGCUUCCCUUCUUUUGCUUCUCUCAUACUUGAGUCGACCCACUUUCUGUUGCAUCCUUCAAAACUUAAUUCAUUAGCAAAAAGGAAUGGCUACAGCAGCGGCGCCGGCGGUGGUUGCAUGGACAAGAACGGGAACUGCGUUCAAGUCCGGACAGGCACAGAUGAAAUCGGAGAUGAAAGUUUCUUACGUAAGAGGACUAAAUUCUUACGGUGGUCUCAAGGCACAGAACAACAAGGUUGUCUCUAUGGGAUUACCAGUCUGCACCGAACAGUGCUUUGCAAACGUCGUGAUGUCUCUCAAAGGACGCACAAGUCGUGGAGGAGCAUUGACCUCGACCUGUAACGCGGUCGGAGAGAUUUUCAAGAUUGCAGCAAUCAUGAACGCUCUUACUCUCGUUGGCGUUGCGGUUGGAUUCGUUCUCCUUCGAAUCGAAGCUUCUGUUGAGGAAGCUGAGUAAAUAGAUUGAGGAAUCCUUUUUCUUAUAUUAUUAUUAUAUUGUUGUUGUCAAGCUUGGAUGCAUUAUAUGACAUUUGUUUAUGAUGAAGCUCUUUUGUUCUUGGAAUCCUCACUGAUCAAACGGUACUUUUUUGUUUGUUUGGAA